UGUGUGAGAAAGAGUUUCAGUUAUUCAAAGAGUGUUUGCAAAAAGCAGCUAGUGAAAUGAAGACAAAAUUAUGACUCUUUCCAAACAUGAACAGUGUAGUUUUUACUAAUGUUACACAUCGGAGAAAUAUAAUCAUUAAAUAAGUCGACGACUUCAACCAUGAUGUCCUUCAAGAAGCACCUAAUAAUCAGCAUUGCUAUACGGAUAUUUCUCGUAUACUACGGAGAAGUACAGGACAGUCUCUCAGAUGUCCAAUACACUGAUGUCGACUAUCGUGUAGUCACAGACGGAGCUAGUCAUGUAUUAAAUUUGAACUCACCAUUCAAAAGGCAUACCUAUCGGUAUACCCCUCUACUAGCGUACUUGGUCCUACCAAAUUUAUUGAUUCACCAAAGUUUCGGGAAAUUUAUCUUCUCUUUGUUUGAUUUGUUGAUUGGAGUUCUGAUCAAAUGGAUUCUACUAGAUUGCUACCGAGGAAACAAAAUAUCAAUAGAAAAAAAGUUACUGAAACUGGAAUCCCUAAACAAUCGUAACAAAUAUCUUAUCAAACGGAAAAACGAGAUCCUGAACAGCAACAAUGAAUCGCUACCACCAAAAUACAUACGGAUGACCGAACUGAGCGCCUAUUUUUGGCUGUACAAUCCACUUACGAUGGUUAUUGCAACCAGAGGAAACGGAGACUGCGUUUCUUGCUCGCUUGUGCUGAUUGCUCUGUAUUUCAUGCUCAGGAAUCAACAAACCAUAGUUCAAUACUUUCUGGCCGGAGUUUUCCUCGGUCUGUCGAUCCAUUUUCGCCUCUACCCAGUCGGAUUCUGUUUAGCCUUCUUUUUGGCCACUUAUGAUAAACCUCUGGAUACAGUCAAGGAUUAUGUACGAGCACUCUUCAAGCCGAACAUACAGCAACUCGCGCUAGCUGUUGGAACCAUUGUGGCACUCGCAGCAUCAACAGCCUUCUUUUAUUUCCUCUACGGAUAUCAGUUUAUCUACGAGUCUAUUCUGUAUCACCUUGUCCGCAAGGAUACCCGUCACAAUUUCUCCCUUUACUUCUACCUACAAUACCUAAGCUCUAACCACUCAGUUUCCCUGCUGGAGAAAAUCUUCACAUUCCUACCCCAACUGAUCCUGAUCGUGAUGCUGACCGUCCGCUAUGGCAAACAUCGCCAAACCUUAGGCUUUUCGCUGUUUACCAUCGCGUUUGUGAUGGUUACCUACAAUCCGGUGGUCACGUCGCAGUACUUUGUGUGGUUCCUAUCGUUGCUGCCACUCAGCGUGAAGAACUUCAAGAACAUUGGCAUACGAAAGGCGGUUUUCAUUCCCGUCAUGUGGUGUAUCUCCCAGGGUGGCUGGCUGCUGCCGGCCUAUCUGCUCGAAUACAAGGGUUGGAACACGUUUGAGUUUAUCUGGAUCCAGAGUAUUGUGUUUUUCUUCUCCAACAUAUUGAUUCUGCAAGUGUUAAUCAGCAACUAUGAUGUGAGCUAUAAUUAUAAAAUUGACUGAGAGCUAGUUGAGGAAAAGGUUUUGUGAAUAAAAUAUUUAUAACUUAUGUAUUUCUUAAGAAA